AUGGGUAAUGUACCAGCUAAAGAAACAAGAAGUAGAUCAAGUUCUUCUGUUUCCGAUUAUCGGAAUUCAACGUCUUCCACCACCCAUGGUUCUUCAUCGUCAACGUCUUCUAAACGAAGAAACACGACAUCGUCAUUAUAUGGAAUAGUUUCUUCUGCAACAUCAUCAUCAAACCACCAUAAUCGAUCUGGUUCACACGAUUUACGGAAAUUGAAACGACAAGAAGAAAAGGAACAAGCACAAAUACAACAUUAUAUGCAAUUAAUUGUAAAAUUUAAUGAAAGUGUUGAUGGAGGAUAUUUAGCUCCAUUUGGCACAUAUAAAUCUAAUCUUGAUUAUGAUUGUGAUAUAGUUCGAAAUUUAAUUAUAAAUCGAAAAUUAUCACCAUUUUUCACUCCUUUACAAGAUUUUGAUGAAAGUUGGACUGAUGAUGAAUUAUGUAUAUUAUUAGGACAAUUGACAUUACAUGCAUUAGAACCUGGGUAUAAUAAUGAUGACGAUGAAGAAGAAGAUGACAUAGAUAAUCAUAAAAUUCAUAAAUCAGCAAAUUAUUAUAAACGUCAAGAAGAAAAGGCCAAAUUGAAAUCAUUAAUUAAUAAAGUUAAAGAAUUACAAAAAGAUGAAGAACAAAAAUAUUUUGAUGAGAAACAAAAAAACUUUAACAAGGAUUGUCCCAGUCGUGAUUUAUUAUUAAGAUUAUAUCGAAAUGCUAGUGAAUGUCCAAUUUGCUUUUUAUAUUAUCCUAAACAUUUAAAUAUUUCUCGAUGUUGUUUACAACCAAUAUGUUCCGAAUGUUUUGUUCAAAUUAAACGAUUGGACCCUCAUCCACCUCAUGAUGAUCAAUCUAAUCAAGAAGCGGGGGAACUACCUCAUCGAUUGAUUUCUGAACCAGCAAAUUGUCCAUAUUGUGCAUCACCUGAUUUUGGUGUCACAUAUGAACCUCCAAUCGAUAUUCAUACUGGUAUUGAUGGGAUUAAGCCAGGUGAUUAUAGAGUUAGUCCACCAAUAGUGGAAGAAUCAGAACUGGCAAUAGAUGAUGAUGGUGAUAAUUCUUCAAAUGGUAGUACUACUGGCAAAGGAGAAAUAACUUCUAAUUCAGCAACAGCAGCAGCAGCAGCAACAGCAACACCACCACCAGUUAAUAGUAUAUCACCUAAAAAAAAUUCAUUGAAAAAGAGACGAGGAUCAUUAGCUGCUAAUGCACCUGGGGUUAUAACUAUUGAUAUGAUUAGACCCGAUUGGGAAACUAAAUUGAAUUCAGCAAGAAGUAAAUUGGCAAGAAAAGCUGCUACAGCAAGUGCUAUUCAUGCUUCCAAUCUAUUACUUGAUGAUAAUAGUAACAGUAACAGCAACAAUGGUAAUGGCAAUAAUAGUGGUAAUAACAGAAGAAGAAAUAAUUCAUCAUCAGGUCGUUCCGGUAGUUUUGGUGGAUCUAAUAAUAGAUAUGCCACUGUUGAACAAAGAAUGAUUGAAGAAGCCAUGAGAUUAUCAAUUUUAGAUGAAGAAGAACGGAAACGAAAUGCCAAUAAAGAGAAUAAAAAAUGA